AUUAUGCGAAUUGUGCUCCAAGUGACAACGGCAAACUGAGACGGAGUUGUGGGUGGCGACACAGACAAGAGGCGUUUCUGGGUCAUUCACGUGUGAAAUAAUUACAAAACAGCUCUGCGUGAAGUUUGAGAUAGAGAAACUUUCUCGGUGCUAGACAUUUCGUUCGUGUGUCGGUCCGCUUGUUAUUUAUUUGCAGCUAUUCGGUAACAUGCAGCGUCAGGACACUGUUGACGAUUGAGAGCACUUUGUGGAGAGAUAGAGAAAGUGGGUGUCCGCGACUCCGCUUCUUGCCAGGGGUGUAAUCAUUAGUCCAAAACGUUUUGGAACGGAAAUCGUUUACUCCAAACGGGAAACGAGAGUUUCUCAAUAGGCACAUUUAGGAAGGUCCUUCCCCGUUUCGUUCCAUUUUCUUCCGUUUGGUUUCUAGUGAAUACACCCCUGGCAACGCUCCGAAAUCACAAGUGAGACGCUCAGCUAAACCAAACCUAAUCGAAUUGAGACAUAUGGUUCAAACAGAGGACUUACUUCCCGGGACAGAGAACUCUUUGGAGCCGAAGUCAUGAAAGCACAGGUGGCAGAGUAACCGCAGGACAUCGAGACUGUUCUUUGCUGCAGUCUUUCCUCCAGACUCUCUCUCUCUCUUUCGUCUUCCAUUUCUCAUACCCGCUUGGCUUCCUUUCUCUGGUUCUCUACCUGCACCUAUAUCCCUCCUUCCAUCCGGGCAUCCAUCCUUCCUUGAGUCUCCCUCCAAUCCGGCGGCGCUGCCAUCAUGCGUCGGUUCAGCUCAGAGGGGUCCCUACUGAAUAUGGACUUCCUGCCGUGGAAGAAGGUGGAGCUGAAGAACCAGAACUACCACAGCCGGGACGGGGAGUCAGGCACCUACACCCCCCACCUGGGGGAGGACGAACUGGACGGGCGAACCACCUCUCUCCCCCCCACUCCCCUCAUCCUGGAGCCUCAGGCCAGCCCUGGGAGGACACCGGGGAGGGGGGAGCUGGGCAAGGAGCACAGCGUCAGCGUGGAGAACAUCACAGACCUGGGGAAGCCAGAGGGUAAGGGUCAUCUGAGAGUGGUGAACCUCAGUGAAGGAUGCAGGGCGUACAGUGACGGCCAGUUGGCGCCGGCGACUUUGGGUAGCAGCACAGAGAGCGUGGGCAGGCACGGCCGGCCUCCGCCCUCUCCCUCGUACUCAACCUCUGGCUCCAGCCCCUUCUCCUUCAAGUCACAACAACGGUCCCACGCCAGAGCCAAGCUGUCCGCAGCCAAGCUACAUCUGAAGAGCCUGUUUGGGCAGAGUCCCCAUUCGUCACACUCCAACCUGUUUAACCCAGAACAGAAAGAACAGAAAGACCGUGCUAAAGAGCAGCGGUCUCGCCUCCCGUUCCUUCGCCAAUGGAGUCAGGUGGGCCACAGCAAGGCCAAGUUCAGCCGGGAGGAACUGGAUAAGUGGGCUGAGUCGCUGGACGCCCUCCUGGCUAGUCGGACGGGUGUGUCUGUGUUUGGAGCAUUCCUGCGCUCAGAGUUUAGUGAGGAGAAUCUGCAGUUCUAUCUGGCCUGUGAGCAGUACAGAAACUCCUCCAACAACUUCAGCCUGCACAGACGGGCCAAGGAGAUCACUGUCACCUAUAUCGAGGCGGGGGCACCGCGAGAGGUGAACCUGGACAGUAAGACCAGAGAUCUAACCACACAGCUCCUACGGGCUCCAUCACACACCUCCCUGUCCCACGCCCAGAAACGCAUCUACUCCCUCCUGGAUACAGACUGCUACCCUCGCUUCCUCCAGUCCACCAUCUACCUCACCCUGCUGGGACAGGCUGACUAGAGACUAAGGGCUCCAUUCAAUCCAUAUCGCCAAAGUUCAGCACUAUAGCGCAAUCAGAACAUUUUAAAGGCAAUGUUCCCGCGUUUGCGGAGACUGCAUUUCACGUUAAACGCUACAGCAUAUUUUGUCUCAAUCUCUGAACAUCCACAAUACAAAAUGAUUGGAGACCUAAAGCUGCAUCCCUAUUCCCUAAAGCUGCAUCCCUAAAGCUGCAUCCCUAUUCCCUAAAGCUGCAUCCCUAUUCCCUAAAGCUGCAUCCCUAUUCCCUAAAGCUGCAUCCCUAUUCCCUAAAGCUGCAUCCCUAUUCCCUAAAGCUGCAUCCAUAUUCCCUAAAGCUGCAUCCCUAUGGCUGCAUCCCUAUUCCCUAAAGCUGCAUCCCUAUUCCCUAAAGCUGCAUCCCUAUUCCCUAAAGCUGCAUCCCUAUGGCUGCAUCCCUAUUCCCUAAAACUGCAUCCCUAUUCCCUAAAGCUGCAUCCCUAUUCCCUAAAGCUGCAUCCCUAUGGCUGCAUCCCUAUUCCCUAAAACUGCAUCCCUAUUCCCUAAAGCUGCAUCCCUAUUCCCUAAAGCUGCAUCCCUAUUCCCUAAAGCUGCAUCCCUAUUCCCUAAAGCUGCAUCCCUAUUCCCUAAAGCUGCAUCCCUAUUCCCUAAAGCUGCAUCCCUAUUCCCUAAAGCUGCAUCCCUAUGGCUGCAUCCCUAUUCCCUAAAGCUGCAUCCCUAAAGCUGCAUCCCUAAAGCUGCAUCCCUAUUCCCUAAAGCUGCAUCCCUAUUCCCUAAAGCUGCAUCCCUAUUCCCUAAAGCUGCAUCCCUAUUCCCUAAAGCUGCAUCCCUAUGGCUGCAUCCCUAUUCCCUAAAGCUGCAUCCCUAAAGCUGCAUCCCUAUUCCCUAAAGCUGCAUCCCUAUUCCUUAAAGCUGCAUCCCUAUUCCCUAAAGCUGCAUCCCUAUUCCCUAAAGCUGCAUCCCUAAAGCUGCAUCCCUAUUCCUUAAAGCUGCAUCCCUAUUCCCUAAAGCUGCAUCCCUAUUCCCUAAAGCUGCAUCCCUAUGGCUGCAUCCCUAUUCCCUAAAGCUGCAUCCCUAUGGCUGCAUCCCUAUUCCCUAAAGCUGCAUCCCUAAAGCUGCAUCCCUAUUCCCUAAAGCUGCAUCCCUAUUCCCUAAAGCAACAUCCCUAAAGCUGCAUCCCUAUUCCCUAAAGCUGCAUCCCUAAAGCUGCAUCCCUAUUCCCUAAAGCUGCAUCCCUAAAGCUGCAUCCCUAUUCCCUAAAGCUGCAUCCCUAAAGCUGCAUCCCUAUUCCCUAAAGCUGCAUCCCUAUGGCUGCAUCCCUAUUCUCCACUCUUCAUCCUUUCUCCCGAAGUGCACACUUUUGUAGAUAUGGAGCAGUGGUGGGGACAGUUGCAGGAGAUACAGUUACAAUGCAGAGUUAGAGGGUUUAAGGGGUUUAGUCAUUCCAGUAGACGAACAGGCUUGUGUUCAUUAGGGCAUGGAACAGAAACACUUAAAAAAAAAAAUGCAACGGAAAACAAAAAUGAGUGUUUCUUAUUGGACAAGUCCAGAUAGUCCCUCCCUGUUUCAGUCAGGUUUUUUCUUAAUUCGAUGCCUAAUGAACAUGACCCAGGUUCUUUUCUGCUUGGGGGGUGAAAGGGCUUAGGGAGGUAAAAGCAGGGAAAGCCAUGAGGUUUGGAUGGAAGGAGCUUGUCAAAGCGAUAAGCGGAGGUUACGAGACAGGGGUCUGUUUUUUCCAUGACUUAGAGAGUGCAACCCGAGGUGGCGUGAAACUAUGCAGAUUUCGUUGUUUGUAAUCAUUAAACAUCCUCUUUUUAACUCGAUAGGUCCCCCUACGGUCCAAUGAGCACGUACGGAAUGGAGCCAGCGCUGACAGAAAGGAAAAACAGCCCGGGCAAUACGGAGACCUAGUUAAAGAACUUUGAGUUAAUCUACAGUGCCUUCAGAAAGUAUUCAUACCCCUUGACUUAUUCUACAUUUUGUUGUUACAGCCUGAAUGGAAAAUGUAUUAAAUUAUAUUUUCUAACCCAUGUACAUACAAUAUCCCAUAAUGACAAAGUAAAAACAUGUUGAUUUUAUUUUUUUACACAUCUUAUUUACAUAAGUAUUCACACCCCUGAGUCAAUAGCACCUUUGGUACCUCUCUGGGUAAGUCUCUAAGAGUUGUCCAUACCUGGAUUGUGCAACAUUUGCCCAUUUUAUUCUUUUCACAAAUUCUUCAAGCUCUGUCAAAUUGGUUGUUGAUCAUUGCUAGACAACCAUUUUUAGGUCUUGCCGUAGAUUUUCAAGUAUAUUUAUUUCAAAACUGUAACUCAGCCACUCAGGAACAUUCACUGUCUUCUUGGUAAGCAACUCCAGUGUAGAUUUGGCCUUGUGUUUUAGGUCAUUGUCCUGCUGAAAGGUGAAUUCAUCUCCUAGUGGAAAGCAGACUGAACAAGGUUUUCUCCUGGGAUCCUGUUUCUUUUUUAUCAUGAAAAACUCCACAAUCCUUAAUGAUUACAAGCAUACACAUAACAUGAUGCAGCAACCACUUUGUAUUCAGGACAAAAAGUUAUUUUCACUCUGUCAUUUAGGCUAGUAUUGUGGAGUAACAACAAUGUUGUUGAUUCCAUCCUCAGUUUUCUCCUAUCACAGCCAUUAAACUCUGUAACUGUUUUUAAAGUCACCAUUGGCCUCAUGGUGAAAUCCCUGAGCGGUUUCCUUCCUGUCCAGCAAAUGAGUUAGGAGGUACACCUGUAUCUUUGUAGUGACUGGAUGUAUUGAUACACCAUCCAAAGUGUCAUUUAAUAAUUCCACCAUGCUCAAAGGGAUAUUCAAUGUCAGAGUUUAAUUUGUUUUUACACAUCUAGCAAUAUGUGCCGUUUGUGAGGCAUUGAAAACCUCCCUGGUGUCUGUGAUUGAAUCUCUGUUUGAAAAUGUAGUGCUCCACAGAGGGACCUUACAAUUAUGUGUGUGUGUGGGGUACAGAGAUGAGGUAGUUAUUUAAAAAAAUCAUGUUAAACAAUAUUAUUGUACACAGAGUGAGUCCAUGCAAGUUAUGUGACUUGUUAAGCACAUUUUUACUCCUGAACUUAUUUAGGCGUUGCCAUAACAAAGGGGUUGAAUACUUAUUUAGGCUUGGCAUUACAUUUACAUUUAAGUCAUUUAGCAGACGCUCUUAUCCAGAGCGACUUACAAAUUGGCAUAACAAAGGACUUGAAUACUUGACUCAAGACAUUUCAGCUUUUCAUGUGUAAUUCAUUUGUAUAAACAUAAUUCCACUUUGACAUUAUGGGGUAUUUUGUCAAGGCCAGUGACCCCCCCCCCCAAAAAAAAUCUUAAUUUUAUAAUUUAGAACAUUUCAGGUUGUAACACAACUAAAUGUGGAAAAAGUCGAUGUGUGAAUACUUUCCAUAGGUUUGGAGUGGAAGUGAAACCCUGUUCACACUGGGUUUCUUGAGGGUGGCCCAAUCAAGGAAGUAACCUUUUUAAAGAUUGCCUCUAGAAACUCUUUCUGAAAAAGGCAAUUCCCUUCAAUAGACAUCCCUCAGAUGGGCGGUUUCAUUAACACAUCAAGACGGAUCAUUUGUUGCUAGAUCGUGAAUAAUUUGGCACUAGAUCAUUCAAAAGCUGUAUUGCUUCCAAGUAGGCCAUCUCACAGUAACUUUGUACCCAAGUAGGGAAUGCCCCAUCAGGCCUUGGCAAACAGAAUCAGUGUUGGUUUGAUGCUGUUCUUAUAUGACUACAGUAUAUGACAACAGACUCCCAUUUAAUUGCGGGACACCAAGAGAGAUAGAGAGAAACCCUUUACACUUGAUGCUACAUUGUAGAUAUUUUAAACAGCAGUCUGAAGAGAAUCCAACAGAUAAACAAAGGAUAUAUGAUUUAUUUCAAGUGUAUCAUUUGUUUGUACUGAACCUCAUGUUAAAUGUUGGUUGUCAGACUAUUUUAAAGAACAAUAAAUGUAGAUUUUUGUACA